AUGUUUUUCAAUCGCAGCGUGUCAUAUACUCGCAUUCAUCCCACCGAACUGGAGGAAAGCCAAUUAUCGAGCUGCUACCGCGAGGCCCUGAUGCUGAGUAUUAAAAAGAAGAUCAGCACGAUCGCGUUCCCUUGUCUGGCCACGCGUGCACAUCGCUAUCCGAUCGCCGAAGCCUCGAAAACGGAAAUCCAAACGAUUCUGAACGUGCUGAAAGAGCAGCCCGACGCCUUCGAGCGCAUCGUGCUGUGCACUCACAACGCGCGGGACACCGAAGUCGUGCGCUCCACGCUGGAGGCGCUGUUAGAACCGGACUCGGCUUCCAUUGUUUCCAACAAACACUCGAAAUCCCAUCAAUCCCGCAAACCUUCAAUCAAUCAUUCAUUCAAUCAUUCAAUCUUUCAUUCAUUCAAUCUUUCAAUCUUUCAUUCAUUCAAUCUUUCAUUCACUGGCUCAACUCUUGAUUCACGAACCCCUUAA